UCUUAUCCAUCUUUAGUCCCAUAUAUAUAAGUUUCCGUCUUGUUGCCUAUUAGGUCUACAAAACAUUGAUAUCAAUCUCUCACUCUUUGUCUCUUAAAUAAUGAAGGUCUCUAUCUCAGCCGUUCUCCUAUUGUUUAUGCUCCUUACCACAGGGAUGGUCAGUCCAGUCACGGUGGAGGCACGGACGUGUGAAACGAGUAGCCAAUUGUUCAAUGGACUGUGUCUGAGCGCAAGCAAUUGCGCCAAUGUUUGCCACACUGAAGGUUUUUCAGAUGGUGACUGCCGUGGUUUCCGUCGUCGUUGUAUGUGCAACAUACCCUGCUGAGUGUUGAUUGAUGAUCUAUUUAUAUAUGAUCAUGAAUUAUUCUCAAAAAAUAAUCAAUACUAAUCUUUUCUAUCUCUUCCAUCAUCUUCUGUUUUUUUUUAAGAAUUAAAUCUCCCUGUUGUUGUUUGAUUAAUAGUGGCUUUGUUAUUCCGUAAAGAAAACCUUAGUAAAGUUGUAAAAAGAAAAAAAUUAAUUAGUGAAAGAAACAAAAACAAACUAAACAUUGUUUAAAAAUCGAAGCAUGCUGAGUGUUUCCCAAACAUAGUCGCCUUCAUCUCGGAUUCAGGUUGGAAC